CAUCGGUCUAAAACACUGUCAUUAGGCUUUACCCCUACGUGAUGUCAAGCAGAUACAAAUCUCAAGGCAAGCUUCAUAGGUAGGGCAAUAUGUUUGGGAGAAGGUUCAGGACACCCGACAGAGUCCUUCGGUCCUUUUAUCGUAGCAGAGGAUGCUCUACGAGGGGCGCACCGCACCCAUUCCCCCUGAACCUAUAAACCCCCAAGCACCACACAGCAUCAACCUCAACGACAAUUAUCCGGCGACGGCGGCGGCCGCGGCUCCCCAAGUCCACAAACCAUCGGAAACACUAUAUCCUGCAGGGUGUAAACCGGCCGAUAGUCAGGCAACGCCGCACCCACCACCAGAUCCCCCUGCGCCCCUUCAUCAUCAUCAUCCUGUCGCUCUCUCCGCUGCCGCUGCAACACAAUCCCCAAGCUAGUGGUAGGAAACUGCUCGCAACCACUGCACAAAA